AUCGGCCAUAAACGCAUGUUAGUCUCGUAUACGCGCGACUCUUCACUCACGGAAAUCAACACGCUGCGUUGUCAAGUAGCAGGACUACUUAAGACCGUUCAAAAAUAUUUUGUAGCUCUCGCUUCAAAAAUUCGCAGCAGUGAAGAAAUCGUAUCGAGUUAAACAAAGCGCGCCAAUUCGAAACACCUAGUGAAGCCAAGACCUUCUCCACCUGAUCUUUCUAACGCAGAGGAGGUCUUCCUCUUCCUCUACUACCACCAGCUGGUACCGUAUCGAAUACUUUCAGAGCCGGAGCGUUUGUAUCCAUUCGGACAACAUGACCCAGCCAACCUAGCCACUGGAUCUUUGUUCGCUGCACUACGUCUAUGUUGUCGUAAAGCUCAUACAGCUCAUCGUUUCAUCGUCUGCGAUACUCGCCGUCAUCAACGUACAAGGGUCCAAAAAUCUUCCGCAUAAUCUCGAACCAGCUCCUGAGAAGGGAGCAUUUAAUAUGCCAUUUUGGAUAGAUCCCAUUUGGGCCCAUAACCCCACCGAAGAUGCAGCGUCACAAAAUGCUUUGGUGCCAGGAUUUUUCUGAAUAAACCCUUCAAGAGAGUGUCACCUGGCCAAUGUAGGGGCCUAACGGAAACUGUUGCACAAACGCACAUCUCUGCUUCUGGCGUAAGAUCGAGGGAAAGCUAAGAUGUUUGAGGAAACUAUGAUAUAAAAGAUUGCGCUUAUCGCGGCACCGCUGCUCGAUUCUCAGUGAAUUUAACAUAAUAAGAUGUUUAGGUUUCCCAAACACCACAUCAAUAAUUUCGACACCACAAAGUUACGAGGAUUUACAAAUCCGGUUAGACAGAAGGCUACUGCGGUCGGUUGAAACAGAUACCUGACCAUUGAGCUUUAAGAAGCACCCAUUUUUUAUGGCUCCACCGGCAACAUCAACAGCGUCAACGUCGCCACUGCUGCUACCAACACAAACGCUUUCGAGCUGCCACCUCUUACAGUCGACGCAUUGGGCCAACUUUGCGUUACUUCGGCGGUGGUAGUAACCAACCCAGCGUUGACCAGCAACAGUUGCCGUUGGCGUUUGAAGGCAAUUCCUAUGCCAAAGUUACUAUACCCGAUAUGUUUUUCGCCAAACAAGUGGUCUCUAAUUUGCAUCGUAAAAAAAUCGGCCAUAAACGCAUGUUAGUCUCGUAUACGCGCGACUCUUCACUCACGGAAAUCAACACGCUGCGUUGUCAAGUAGCAGGACUACUUAAGAAUAUGCCAUUUUGGAUAGAUCCCAUUUGGGCCCAUAACCCCACCGAAGAUGCAGCGUCACAAAAUGCUUUGCUCAAUAUCAAAUUACCGGAAUUAAAAUCAUUUAAUGUAUUGCCGAUGGUUUUGUCACCCUAUACCCUCUCUAAGGCCGAAAAUAUGAAGCAAAAGUUAUUCAAUUUUGAAAAUCAUGAUAGAAAAAUAGCCUGAAAAACUUGCAAGCAAUUAGAGUGGAAAUUUGGUCUUAAAUUAAAAUUUGUGCGUCGAUAAGUUUGUCUAGAAAAUUCGAUUAGUUUAAGCCUUUUAUUUAUUUAUUUCUUUUUUUUUUAAUUAUAAGGAAAUUGUAAUGUUACCGCGCGACAUUGAAUUGAAUUGUUUCGUAUGUGUAGCAAAUAUUGAAGCGCUGAGAUAAAAAUAUUGUUAUUGUAAUAAAUAUCUCGAAAAUAUUUGGUAGGGAUCUAAAGAUAAAAAUAUUUUAACCUCAAUCAAUUCAAUUAAGUAAAAAUAUUUAAAUACCAAUUUUAAAUAUUGUAUUUAUUGUAGUAAUGCAGCAACAAAUAUGUCCAAAAAUCUAUUAUAUAAGUUAUUAAAAUAAAUAAAAAAAACUCGAA